UAAAAAUUAUUUUACUAGAUUUAAUACUUUGAUUUAUUGUAAAUUGUAAAUAAUUUGAAAUAUUCUUCUUCCUCCGCAAUAAUCAAUACGCGAUUAUAUACGCAUUUGUUUCCUUUCGUUAUUUUUAUACUAAUCCGAUAAAAUUGUCAUAAAUUUUAUUAAGGUACUAUAUGAUAGCGUGCAGCUAAUCGCUAUAGUUUUAAAGAAAUAAAUUAAAUGAGAGUUUACAUCCAGUCCAAAGUCACUAUUAUUAUUUUUAAUUAUUUGACAAUAAAUAAAAAUGACAUAUUUACAUCAAAUAUGUUUUCAUUAUUUUCAAUGCUGUAUUUUUGAAACAUGUCCUUGAUUUACAUUUCUUUUUUAAACUUCGUUUACUAAAAUAGUUUUUACAACUUCUUAGAUUUUUUCCAGAUUAGUAAAAUUUAAAUUCCAAGAAAUUGUCAAGUUUUAAAUAACUUUCUUUAGAAACUGAUUGUCUUAAUUUGUCGUGAAUUUAUUUAAUAUUAAGUUUCUCCUUUCUUUUAUAUUUUCAAAACUUCUCUAUAAUUAUGUAGCUACAUACUAAUAUUUAACUAUAAGAAUUCGCGUGCCUUCAAUAUAUCAGCGACAUCUCCAAGACUAACUGAGAAGAAAUUAUAAGAGCAAUUUUUUGACAAAUGAUAUUUAGUUUAUUGUCGGGCUUUGGCGAAUAAAGAGCAAUAUUGUCAAUAUAUUAUCCAUUUUUCUAAUUAUAAAUUUUAUUUUAUUUUAUUUAUUCUUGAAUACGACGAAAGUAAUAAAAUCUCGAAUCAAAAUGUUUCGACGAAAAAGAGGAGGACUAACCACCACUCGGAAAAUGGCAAAGAAAUCUCAGCCAGCAGCUCUUCAGGCUGAAGUUUCUACUGAUGAAGAGUGGGAAAAAAUUUUAGAAAAGAAUGGUUUACUAGUUGCUGACAUUUAUUCCGAGUGGAGUGGUCCCUGCACUGGAAUGGUGAGCAUUUUGAAGAAAAUAAAAAUGGAAAUAGGAGGCGACACACUCAACUAUGCUAUCGUCAAGUGUGAUAAUAUCGCUUCUUUAGAACGUUUCAGAGGCAAAAGUGAACCCACCUGGAUGAUAAUUCAUAAGGGUCAAAUGGUGAACCUUGUAUUCGGUGCCAACUGUCCGGAACUACUGAGAGUUUUGAAUAUUGAAUUGGAAAGAGUACUAAAAGGAGAACCGCACGAUUUUAGCAUUCCCGUUUCUCAGCGAAGUCCAGAGGAAGAAAAUAGAUUAAAAAUAAUCGAAGAAUCUAGAUUAGCGAAAGAGACUGCGAAAAAAGCACAAAGAGAAGCUGAAGCAAAAGCUAAAUACGAAGAUGAAAUAAAUCAUUUGACAGCAUCGUUAAAAGCGGAAACUUGUCUUUUACUAUAUCCAUGGAUUUUGAAAGAUGAAGAAGGGCACAAACGUGACAAAAAAUCCAGUCCACCUUACAUUAAUCUUGUUGAUGAAAUUUUUCCUGAAAACUUCAGCAUUGAACAAGAAUUUAGAAAGUCUAUUGAUGAAAAUAUGCUGAUCGAAAUGUUCAAAGAAUCGGACUAUAAAAUACCGAAGGAAGACGAAGAAUUAUUAUUAGACGGAAAAUGUAUUUUCAUGCGUCUGAAAAUCAGUGGAAAAAAGGCCGAACUUGAUGUCGAAAAACACUUAAUUAGCCUUUUGUUCGGAGAACCGAAUUUUCCCAAAUCAGAUCAAGAAUUAAUUGAAGGAUCUUAUGUUCAUAAACAUCAACCAACCGCAAUACCAAGUGACAGAGAAAAUCGCAAUUUUCCCCUAGUAUGGACUCCUCUAAAUCCUCGAAAUAAAGCACUAGUGUUCAAAUUAAUUUUCCGCAAAUAUUUGGAUUCUACAUACCCUUAUGAAGAUAAGACUUACAAAGUUCCCAUAAUUGUAUUCAAAUAUGAUAGUACAAGGAAAAACGAACUAAAAGUAGUUUUGGAAAUUUAUAAUUCGGAAAUUGUCCACUUUGGAGUAUUUGAACGAGACAAACCACCUGAAGCAAAAUUAAUUGCCACAAAUAUUGAAGAAUUUGAAUCGAUGACUUUUGAGAGGACCAGCUUCGAAACUUUUGUUUGUGCUGUGAAGAAAGUCGGUUCUGAGGCAUUUCUAGCUUUUGCUGGUAUUGGUCCUUAUCAUGUAAGCGAAAAUCCAGAAAAGGCUAUCGAGGAAUCAAAAUUAUAUUUCCCGACUGUAACAUUCACGGAGGAUCUACCAUCUGAUGACGAAGAAAAGUUAGAGGACGCUGAAUUAGCCCCGGAUGGAAAAUCAGAUUCAGAGACGAAAAACGAAGAUACGAAAGGACACUAAAAUAAUCUAGGAAUUAUCAAAAGAAUUUCGAUAUUUGUUUCAUCAAAAUUCAUAUUUUACUAUGUUGUGAGAUAAAAAGAAAG